AUGUAUAUUUCUUUGUGUGAAAGGCUGUCAAGAACCGAUGAAAAUCUUCCGCUUUUGCCUUUGAAAAACGAAUUUGAAUAUAAACAUGUCAAGCUACCUGUACGACCACUAAAUGACGGUGAACGCUGUUUAGCAAUUACACUAGGAAUUGGAAAACUGAUUGAAGCGGAAGUGUUACUCAGAAAAGUUCUUCCUAAGCAUUGCGAAUUUUUUGGCGUAGAUCCUUCUGCACUUUAUAACAAAGCUUUAGUAGAGAGUUAUAAUUGUACCUUCUUUGAGGCAGCAAUUGGAGACAAAACUGAGGGCUCUAAGUAUUUCCAUAUAAGACAUGUAGCUCUUGAAGAGUAUUCGACUGAAAUAGUUGGUAGAAGCAAUGUUAUCAACUGGCUGUCCAUUGAUAUUCAAGCGGAGGAGAUUGCACUAUUUCCGUCGUUAUUGAAGUACGGACUUCUUGACAAGCUUAAUAUGCACGUCUGUCAGCUAAAUAUGGAGUUACACCUUGCACCAUUCAGACUUCUUCCUCCGCGCACAGGAGUUGUUCCUAUCUUUAAGUUUCUGGCCGACGCUUUAAUGUCUAGAAGGUUUCACUUUUAUUUUCAAACAUUAUAA